CACCAUAUCUUUUUCAUUGAACGUACUGGUCAUUGGCCCCAAACAUUUGCAGCCUCGUCUUUCCAUACACAAUCUCAACUAUGAAGCCGAUCGUGUUGAACAAGUACCCUUCUCUUCCACACGCUCCUUUCUCUUGUUUCCUUUGCGUCUUUGCUUUUCACCUGAGCAGUGACUAUCAUGGCUCCGGAUCCUUCCAUUCAACGCUUUGCUUUGAGCUCCCUGGAUCCUAACUGGAAUCUGAACUCAAUUCUUCCACCAAGGAAGCGUGCUCCUAUCACUUUUGACCAGGAGAAUGAAGAGGCUGUCCUUGGUGGAGUUGCCAGUGGCAUCUACAAUCUAGAAGAAGUUGUGGCCCUGACUGACCAUCGGGGCUUUGGCCUUCCAGCCACCCCGAAUGAGCCUCUUGACUCUGAUGACGAGGCCCUUGUCCCGUCGCCAUACGGAAGGAAUCAGAUCCUGCAAGAUCAGCCAUCAUCUGAUGAUGGGUCGUCUGCGUAUGGGGGCAACGAAGAUGAUGACGACGAGAUGAUUUCAGAGGACAUGGAGCAAGACCUCGGCGAGGAAGAGGCUGAGGACCAGGAGGAUGACGACGCUAUCUCGGGUGAGCAAGCACCCGGCGUAUUUUUCGAUCCUGCCGCCUUGGGCUUGAAGGAAAUCAACAACCUCGCCCACUUUGGCGUCAGCAGUCACAAGCCGGGCAACGGAGUUGAGGAGCUUUUGAGCGAUGAUCUGGACAGAUAUUGGCAGUCUGAUGGCCAACAACCGCAUUUUCUUACCAUACAUUUUCUCCGUCGAGUCGAGAUCCGGGCCAUCCGUUUUUACGUUGACUACAACCAGGACGAGUCUUACACGCCCACAAACAUUGUAUUUUAUGCGGGCACUGGCCACCACGACCUGACGCAGUUCGCCGAAGUCCCGCUGGUCAACCCGGUGGGCUGGCAGGACGUCCCCAUUGCGGACUGUGGCGGCGGCACCGACGGGCACUCGCUGUGCUGCUGGAUUGUGCAGGUAAUGAUUAAGGAGAACCACCAAAACGGCAAGGACACGCACAUCCGCGGCCUCAAGAUCUACGCGCUGGACGAGUACGCCAUCAACGGUGGCGUCAGCACGGCGGUCCGCGAGAUGGAGACCAACAUCGACGAGGCCGCGGACCGGCUGAUGGAGCAGCGGCUGGGGGGCGAGGAGGACGACUUCCAGGAACUGCUCGACACCCUGGACCACGCCGAGAAUGCCACACGGUACAAGCCCGGGGAUGGCGGCUUUUCGAGCGUGCCCGAUUUUAUGCGCGACCCCGAACUCAGAUAGCUGCAGGGCAGUUUGACUUGUUUCUUCUUCUUUUGGGCAGCAUGGGAUUAUGGGCCGAUGGGACUGGAGGCAUUACAUGGCGUUCGAAGGACUUUAUGCAAAAGUUUUAUGGGGCGCUAGGCUAUACCCUGCGUGGCAUGGUCGGCGAGUUGGAUGGUUGGGAGGCCAAUUCAAUGAUCGCGACGAGAUAUCAUGAUUUAAGUUUCCGUUAUAGGACUAGAUGGAAGAUGGUUUGGGGAUCGGAGGUGGUUGGUAUCUCUUAUUAAUAGACCACAUCAAUAAUAAACGUGCCCAUUACAACGA